GCACUCUCGGGAUCUUUCGACUUGUCUGCAACCUCCUGAGAUAACGUGACAUUACGGUCAGCCGUGCGAGCAGUAUGCGCGCGAACGUCGAAGAACGCGCACCUUCUUUCCUCUUUUCUAUCGUUCUUUGUUUCAUCGUUCAUCGAGUCCGUUCUUCCGUUAAAAAAAACUCUUUCCUCGUCGUAAAAUAUUAUUUGAUAUAUAUGAUAUAAUUUCUAAAAAUGCAGUGACGUGUCCAAUCGUGAUACACGCAUAUCGAUCAAAUAUACAGUGUCGAAUUUCGCAGUAUCUGUUAAAAUAAAAGAAGAAUGUGGGAGAUCGCGUCCAAAGGAAAGUGUAUACGGCGCAAAAAACAUCAUUUGACAGUACUUCAACAUCCACCAGCGCGAAACAGGAAAAGUGAAAGGAUUUCAUAGACUUCCCGUGUAGUCGAUCCGGCACGUGAUUCUGCCAUUCGUACGUGCAACCGUAAAAUUACUGUUCAACUGUUUUCUUGACCGACUUUGAAUCCCCUCUGGGGAAAGGUUUUAUAAUUCGGCGCGAACGGUUCGGCAACCAGAUCGAGAGUGAAACGAGACGCGUGGACCGAAUUGAAUCGAUCUUUCGUUCUAAUUUAAUCGAUUAACGUAAAUGGUGAAACGAAUAUACGAGGUGAUCGAUUGAAUCGCAAGUGGUAUGCACGCACGGAAAAGUGCAACGAUCCUACGUGACCAUCGACCUCCUGUAUUGAAGUUCGCAUGACACGGCACGUUUCGAAUUAUCAUUUUGCUCUUCCUCGACACGGUACGUCCGUUGUCGCCGUCCGAGUUCGCCAGACGCGAAGCUUGAAUUAAAAAUAGUUGGGAGCCGGUGCAAAAACAUCUUCGAUAUUUCCAUAAAACCGGUGGAAACACAGAUUUUCGUAAAUUCAAUUACUCGUAAAUUCAAUUAUUCGAUAGUAUUCGUCAUUCGAAUAUUUUCCGGAUAAUUCAUAAGCAUCUUCACCUGUCGUAUUGUUAUAAUUCGUUAGCGUUAGAAAUUACCAAGUAGCAUUCAUAAUAAUGAUUCAACUAUGCCAACAAGUUAGUCAGAGAUCAGUGUUCGAUCAACCGCGGACGAUAAAGAUAUACACGUUGUUGCCUGCGGGAAAAGUAACAGUAAAAAAUUUCUAAAAUCUACAAUCUACGAAUUUAACGAAUUUAGAGUCGUUAGGGGGCUUAUCUAAUCCAUUUAUCGAUAGAUUAUUCGAGAAUUUUUCUAAUAACCGUCGUCCAUGUCGUGCCAUUUACGAUCGUUCCCGACGUAAUUACGACGCAUUCCAACGAAUUAACUUCGAAAUAUUUGCGGGAGAUAUCUGGCUGCCUCCCACGAAGACCGACGACACGUGUCUUCGUAUUCUUCACGGAGUCGUAAGUGAAUACACGUUUCUCCGUUCCUCUUUCUUUCUUUUUCUCUUUUUAUACGUGACUAUCAAAUCGAACUGGUGUAAACAAAGUAAUAUCAUUGGAAAUUCGAUCGGGCAACUAGCUAGCAACAUCAACGAUGGAGUUCAGCACCAAUGAUAGGGAACAAUUGGACAAUGACAAUAUACGACAUGAAUAAAACGGAACUGAACAUCGUCUUAAGCGCCGAGCCGGCGAGGACAUCCUCGAGCGUAAUUCACUCACACAUUCCUGUGCCGAGGAUAUCGAAUGCAAUUAAAGCUCAAGAAAGGUGUCCUCCGUCCCGUAGAGGGUCCUUCGAAAAGCUGUCCCGAGGAGUGUCAGUCGCCGCUCAAAGGGCGUCCUUCGAGAAGCUCGACGCCUCCGUUCAGCAGCAACGGUGGAGGAACAAUAAUUUGUCGAGCUCGAGUAUCGAGAUGCGAAACUCGGCUGAGAAACUCUCCUCCCAGACCGGUGUUAAUAGCAAGACGAAUGAGCUGGUCGGUGUCGUGAAAUUGAACAGGAGCAAUAGCCUGGAGAGCAAGUGGAAGAACAAAUACGAGGAGUCGGAGAAGAGAAGGAAAUUGUUGCUACAGAAGAGCGAGACCGCAAGUAAGGAAUAUGCGGACUUGGAGAAAAAAUAUCAACAAUUGCAGAGACAAAAUGGUACUUUGCAGUCGCAAGUUCAGGAAAAAGAACAGAAACUUCAGAAAUUACGAACAGUGUCUGAAGCAGUGUGCAAAGAGUACGAGCAAUUGAAGCAUCAAUAUGACGUUGAAACUGGUGCUAUGCAUAAAGCUAUGCAACAAGCGUCACAGUGGUAUAGGCAAAAUCGCGAAUUGAAAAGAAGAUCACAGAUUAUAACACAGAAAUUCUUGCAAACAAAUCCGGAAGAUUCGUUGGAUCUUGAGUUAUCGGACGAAGUUGACUCGAAUUUCGAAGAUUUCGAUCAGUUGAGAGAAACGGUGAAAGAAUUAAGUAAAGAGAUAGCAAGGCUUCAGACAGAAUUGCAUUCCGCUCGUCUUCAAGAAUUUGAAGCUCAAGAACAGGUUACGCAUUUGACCACGCAGUUGGACGAGGAAAGAACUCUCAGGCAAAAAUGUGAAGAGAAAGUAAACGAGAUGAAAGUUCAAAAGGACAACAUGGAAAGGGUAACAAAGAUGGUUGCGGAGGAAGUGCAAGCAUUGAAGGCGCAAUGCGAUCGUGAAAGGGAGAAUGCGAAGAUUAUGAAGAUAGAGGCAGAAAGGGUGCAAAAAGAAAGAAAUGUUCUGGCUCAUCAGAGUGCACUUUUGAUGGCGGAAGUUGGCGACGACCCUAAUGGAAGAUUAUUAACUGUUCUUCAAGAAGUAGAAUCUUUGAAAAGAUUAUUGGAGGAGGAGCAACAGAAUCAUGCCUCUCAAAUACAAAUGUUAGAGGAGAAAUUGGAGGAGAAAGAAUCUAACGUCGAAUUCGAAAUAGUAGAGGAAAAGUUAAAGCUGGCCGAGUCGGAACUGGAAGUUGUAACGCAAAGGGCAGAAAGGGCAGAGAAGUCAGUGGAAACUCUGGAAGGAGUGGUUCAAACUUUGAAGGCAAAAAUCAGUGAACUGGAAGAGAAACUUUCCAGGCCACCACCACCCCCUUUGCCUCCACCUCCACCACCACCAAUGUUCAACAACAGUGGACAAUCGUCGAUUAAGUUGCUGACGAAAGAAAAAAUGAAUUCGGAACGAAACGCGGUGACUGAUAUGGAAAAUAUGCUUGGAAUUACGAAAAAAACACCAACAGUUGCGCAACAACCUGCUAUCGAUGAUAUUAUUAAUCAAAUAAAAGGUGGACGAUUCACAUUGAAGCAAACAGAUAAGCAAAGAGAAGAGGAAAGAAGAAGACGACAAGAAGCGGAAAGCGCGCCACCAGCAGUUUCAGAAAUGUUAAAUAUUUUGGGCACUAUGAGACGAAGAGCUAAGCCAAUAAAGCAAUUAUUGAAAGAUUCACCAACAUAAAAGUAGAUGCUGUUAGUAAUGCGAAAAAUAUUUGUUUGUAACUCUCAGGCACAAGUUACAUGUUAUUGUUAAAAUAUUAAUCGCGAUACAUAUUUUUUUUAAACAAUAAUUUGUUUUAUGACUCUACUGUUUAUAUUAUUUAUUUAGUAAGACAAUAAAUUUUUUACGAUUGAAUAAAAUUAA